AUGAUAGUUCAUCUCGAGGUGCCCGGGUCGAAGGAAAUACGGAAGUUCACCUUGGAUCCCAACCCAAUCUCUCAACAGAAGGCAUACCUUUGUAGGGGAACAAGUUGCUAUAAAGACAGAACCCUCAGCUGCGUGGUCAAAUUCUCGUGGAGAAUAUGCGAUGGGCUUUCAGAGAUUGAGCUUCUUGAGAUGGCGGACAAUAUACCUGGGAUGGCAAAGAUUCUUGGAUCAGCUAAUCUGGUAAAAAUCAGCCAGCCUCGUGAAGGUCUUCUGUUCACCAAGAGCAUGGUCAAAGACACUCGUCCGACGGAGAAGAUCAUGACUACGCCAUACGACUUAAGUGGAGAGAUGAUACGGAUUCCGAAGGAAAGCGUGAAUAACCAACUGAGCCGAAAGCGAAAGAGGGAGGCACUUCAAGCUGAAAAAGAGAUGGCUGGAUCAAUUAAAAAAGCGCGAUCAAUGCAAGAAAAUACAACCGUGACCCAACAAGUUACGGAGUUGAAUCCACCUGUUUCCUCAUUGCAGGCGCUCAAAAUUCCAAACUCUGGCAGGGCAAUGAUCGUGGAAGGCUCUGCUUAUUCAGUCAAUCAAUCUUCCGGUAAAAGGAAAACUGCCGAUGAUGCCGAAGUAAACGACAGAUUGAAGAGAGUUCAACUGUCAAGUAACGCCGGCUUAAUUGCGAUGAAUAAUUCUGCGGGACCAAGCUCACUCCCUGAAAAGGCUCCAAAUCCACCAAAGUCAAGUGCCAAUGCUAGAUCAUGUAGUACGAAAGCGGUAAAAAUGGUAAACACUGAAGUCAUUAUUCCACGUGACCGUCAAUUUACCGCUGCCGGGAUCUCGCCUUACAGGCGGCCGAUUGAUAAGUUUAGAUCGGCGCUAGAACUGAUCAUCGGGAUUAGCGAUGCCAUCAAGGCGCAUCGGUCAUUACUGAUGGACGCUAAGAUAUUACAUCGCGACAUCUCGGUGAAUAAUAUUCUAUUGACUGGCAUUGAGACGAGUGACAAGCUGGGUGGUGUCUUGAUAGAUCUGGACUUGGCAACAUUGUUGAAAGAUGGAAAAGUUCAAGAAAAGGAUCGAGUGGUGACAGGCACGAUGCAAUUUAUUGCACUGGACAUUUUGAGUAACAGCUUUGCGACGACGGGUGCAGUGGUCAACCACACUUACCGACAUGAUCUCGAGUCGUUCUUGUAUGUCUUAAUCUGGGUCUGCAUUAACUGUGGAUGGAAUAAAGGCACAAACCCGCAUGAAGUUUUCCUAUCAAAAUGGUACACAGGGACCGCCCAAGAAAUACACUUACAUAAGGAAUACUACAUGACUCUAGGUAGCUUCGAAAAAGUAUUGUUUAAAUUUUCGCCGAUGUUUGAUGAUGUCAAGGUUCUAGCUGAGGAAUUCAGGGACUUAAUAUUUAAUUCAAAUAUAAAGACGCGAACAGGAAAUCUUGAGGACCCCAACAAACUAUACGAACCAAUCAUUGCGGCGUUCGAUAGAGCUAUCGAGGCAUUGAAAAUAUCACAAUGGAAACAGCCUGAAAAUGCGACACCUACGGAACCUGAACCUCAUAUGCAAAACUCAGUAACAAAAGAGCUAAAUGAAAAUCAAUUGAGUAAGCGGCCUGAUGAUAAAGCUUUGUAG